UCCAGGUCCAUGGACUCCAUCAAGCCCAUGCUGAACAAGGCUUACAGUCAACAGCGCGGCGUUCGAAUAACACGAGGUCAAAGCCCAAGCAAGCGCACAUCUUUCGGCUCCAAGGUCAAGGCUAAGCUCGUGGAUCCUCUGUUCCUGAUCCGGCUUCUGAUCACGGUGGCCUGCGUGGCUGGCUUCACGUACCAGGCGACUGACUUCUUCAUCAUGUACUUCAAGUUCCCCACCACCACCAACAUCCGCGUCGAGUCCAUGAAGGACCUCGUCUUUCCCGCGCUCACCGUCUGCCUCAGCAAUUGGUUGGUCACGCCUUCCUUUAAUGCGAUAGCAUUUACGUGUCGCAUGAGGCAGGAAAGGCGGCGUUGUAUAGGCACCAAGUGGUACCAAAGGUCAUCAUCAGUGACGUCAUCAGCGUCUUUAAAGAUUGCUUCGUGCGAAACUGUUUAUCCGACACGCACUCGCAGGAUUGACAUGAGAAGAGUGUGCGCCGACGAGAAGUUGAAAGAGCACUGUGACGGAAAUUCGACUUCGAUUUCGCAGACCAGCGCCGUCAUAGGCGCCAUCAGGGAGCACCGUAACCUGUCGUCAUUGUCGUUCGACACCGGUGACGUCAUCAAGAGCUGCAACAUGAAGCCCACCAGCGGCUGCGACCCGUUCGACUGCCACAACGACUGGUACAAGUCCUUCGUGCGGUUCCCGGACAGCUACUGUUACACGCUGGACUACAGUCGAAUCAAGAACGAGUCGCACCCGCUCAAGCGAUGCCGAUACCCUUGGGAUUACGAGAUGACAUCUGUGAUCGGCUGGGACGUGGCAAAUGCCCUGGAGGUGGACCCGUUUGGCGCUGACGCGUCGGUGCACGAGCACGACACCAACUCGGCCGAGCAGGCUCACUCGCUGUUCUUCGAGCCGCAGUCGCGGUACAUCAUACUCGUCGAACAGCAAACGACGUUAGCCCUGCCCAAACCUUACCAGACGAAGUGCGUGAACUACGAGCUGAUGAAGAGGUCUAACAAGUAUUACGGCAUGAUGACGCAGAACCUUUGCUACGAGCAGUGCCGCAUGCGGCUCUGGAUGAAGCACUGCGGCUGCAUUUCCAGUCGCUACGCCUACCGUGACCUGGAAGGAGCGCCCAUAUGCGUCGAAACGAAGACACGACAAUGCGCCGAAUUGGACGUGGCACAAAAGUUCACCAAGAAGUGCCUUAAGAAGUGCCGACAGCCUUGCAAAGAAAUCACUUACGAAGUGCAAAUCACUGCUCAAGGUCAGAAGGAGAGUGCGCAGGAAGAGGAAGUGGACUACGAGGAGGCACCUCCGAAGCGUCCGGAAAGCCAAUUGUUCACCAUAAACCUCCUCUUCGCCAGCGAAAAACAUACCAUCCUUCAGCACUUAAAAAAGUUUACGUUCAUCGAGGUGUUCGGCUACCUUGGCGGCUACGUUGGCAUCUGGUUGGGCAUGUCCUUCUUCUCUCUCCUGGAUUCACUCAUCCUCUACAUCCAGGACAGACAGCUGAAGAAGCUCGAGGAGAACAAAAUCCGCCCCAUAGAGGUGGCCAGUGUAAACGACGUUGCAUCCAGACGGUCGGGCUAUUGAUGAUGCCAGCGUUACGAAUUUCCGACAAAGAAUGCGGACAAAAGAAUACACCAAGAAGUGCUUCGGC